AUGUCGCGUUCAAGUAUUCCAAGACAAUUGCCACGUAGAUAUUAGCAGUUAUUAUGUUUCAGCUCUGUAACAAAAGAGAGGAGGGGAAGGGGAAAUGCCAUUUGGAGGGUAGUAACAAUUAUCAUAGCCUGCAGAGAAGAAGGUCGAUUUUGCGAAUUCAAAUUUUGAGCAGAAUGAAGACCAAUAGGAGAACGAGGAUGAAGUAAUUGUGUGAGUAUUGAGGAUCUGAGAGAUUGUAACCUGCGCCGAAUCAUGAUAGUGGGAUGACAUACUCCAACUUCAUGAACGAUGAUAUAAUUUUUAAUUGUUACUCUUUGGGAGAUCGAAUAGGAGCCCGAUUAAAUCGAUUGAUUCAUUGUGAUCCGCCAAGACUUACGUUUGUGGAUCGCUUGAAUAAGUUGGAGUACGAUUAAAUUGUGAACCCAUUCUCAUUGAGUGAGAAGGACAAGGCCCAAAUUACACCAGACAGAGUAUGGUAUUGGAAUGAGAUUGUAGUCAGUGGUAGUGAGGAUAAUUGGGACAUCGCAAUUGCAGAUGGAUACGAAUAUUCAGCACCCUUUCAUUCGGAUGCAUGUGAUCAACAUUAAGAAUGGGUGCUAUUUGUAUAAGCCAAAAAACGAGGACAAUUAACCAAGAGAGUUCACGAAUGCAGUGUACAAUUAUGAGAGCAAUUGCAUUACUAAUAUAGUGGAUGGAGAGAGGGAGAGGGUCACUUGUGAAUUGGAGUUGCUUACUGCUUUUUCGACGAAUUUCUGUGAUAUGCGAAUGGCGACCAAUAGUAGGGCAGAUUGGAAUGAGGAAAUAUUGAUUAAUAUACCUGCAGAUGAAUUCUAUAAAUCAGAUACAAUAAUUUUGUUUGAACUCCUCGAUUUUCAUCCUAUUUAUUUAUAAUAACAUAAUAGUGAAUUUUUGGAUUCAGAUAACUUCUAUAGAAUAGCUUGGGGUUAUACACGACCAAAUGGGCUAUGUAGAUUGCAUUUGGGAUUGAGUAAGGUACAGUUGUACAAGUAUUUGUUUGAUACGAGUAAAUUGAAAUCAGUAAGCAGGAGAGAAUCAAUUCCUUUGGUGUAUUUCGAUUUCCUCUGGCUUGACAAAGUCGAAUAUGAUGCAGUUUUGAACGUGUAUUUGGGAACUGAACCUAAGCCAUCAUUCAUUGAGAUUUACGGCAAGAACACUAGUACCAAUGUGUUCGAGAUUGAAAAGGGAGAUGAGGAAGCAAGAGAGAAAGUGAAGCAUUCUGUUGUCAUAGACAAAGUGAUUGAAUAGAGAGUGGAAGAAAUCACAGACUAAGAGAAAAUUAAUUUAAGGAGACGUCGUUAUCUUGGAGACAAGGAAGAUCACAUUCCAGAUAAGAUAGCCUACAAAUUCGCCAGUGCUCCCUUGGGAUGUUAUAGAUUAGCCUUCAAUAAAUUUGGUAAUUAUCUGGCAUGUGCAUGUACUUACAAAAAUUCAAAAACCAUAAUUAAAUUAUUUGAUGUCGAAACUGGUUAACAUUUCACGACAUAUAAAGGACAUAGAAAUAUCAUUCAUGAUUUACAAUUCUCUCAGAAUUCUCAAUAUUUAAUUACAGUAUCAAGUGAUUACACAGCCAAAGUUUGGAGUGUACCUCAACAUUCAGGUGACAUUGUGACUGAAGAAGACUCAGAUUUAAUGCAAAUCUGUCAACUCCAACAUCCAUCUUUUGUUUAUGCUGGAUUGUUUCUGAUGGAUACCAAAUUACCAGUUGUGGCCACUUGUUGUUUCGAUAGCAGAAUGCGUAUAUGGCAAUUUGAGUCUAAUCAAUCAUUAUAAAUAAGCGAUGAACCAAUUCAAUAAGAAAUCAUCUCCUAAGAUGGCAUUUCCUUUGAUCAAUUUGAUAAUAUUGGUAAUCACAGACAUCCCAAUUGCAUGGUAUAUGAUGGGGUCAAAUGCUUGUAUGUUGGAGAUUCAUUGGGAAAUAUCCACUUUUUUGAUAUCAAUCUCUCUGGAGGCAGUUAUAUUGCCAGGAGAUUAAGUUUGAUUGUGAUUCAAGAAAUUAGUGGAAAUGCGAUCAACUAAAUUCAAUUAAUGCCUCCAGAAUAACAGGAUCUCUUGAUCCACACUAGAGAUAACUGUCUUCGAAUUGUUGAUUUUAAGUCAGGAGACGGUAAGUUCCAUGAUCAUGAAGUCAUCUAUGGCUCUGUCAAUAAUCGAUUCUUUGGAUCUCAAUCUGUCAAAAUUGCUUGUAGAAGUGUCCCUAGUCCAAAGGGAGACUAUGUGUUAUCAGGCAGCGAGGAUGGUAAACCUCAUCUCUGGAGCAAUCUAACUCAAACCUUACCCACUGAUUUAUUCUAAUUUAAUGUGAUUGGUCCUGUUGCUGAUGUUGCUUGGAACAUUGGAUAUCACAUGAUUGCAGUGGCUGGCUUUGGAGAUGAGCAUCCUAUCAUUGUCUACGUUUGGGAAAGAGAAGGAGAUCUCAAUUUUAUUGAAGCCAAAAAGUUACAAGAUGAAAUUAAAAUCAAACAUAGAGAAUAAGAAGAUAUUGUAUUUAAUAUUUAAGCAAAACAAACUCUCGGUCGUUUUCAACAAUCCAUUUAAGCUUAAGGUCUCUUUUAACCCUAAUUUGCUCAGUCCUCCUAAGUUCCUUUUUUACCCUAAUCCAUAUUCAACUAAUAGUAGCCUGGUAAUUAAUCAAAAAGGAAUAUGCAAGCUGGACCUUUUGGAUCAUCAGGACCAUUUGGUUAACCAUAAUAGGGACCUUUUGGUUAACAAUAAUAAUAAUAAUAAUAAUAAUAAUAAUAACCCUUUGGUUAGCCAUAAUAAUAAUCAUAAGGACCUUUUGGUUAAACAUAAGUACCUUUUGGGUAGUAAUAAAAUCCCUUAAAUUCAGUUGGAUAACAAUAGUAAUAAGGUCCCUUUGGUCAAAUGCCUUUUUAAUAAUAAUAAUAUGUACCUCCUAAUAAUCCAAAUACACCUUACAAUGCAAACUAUCAAAUGCCAUUUUCAUGAUUAUAUAUAUUUUAUAAAAUAUGAGUAGUAGUUUAACCAUCUUUAUCGUGAAUACUAAAUGAUAGUUGUGUGUAUUAGGUGUUUCAGGUAAUAUUAAUCUAGGGGACUUAAAAAAUUUCGAAUUUUG